CAAGCAGUUUCUGACCCUGGGCACAUCCCCAGACGCCUGGGAAAGUAGGAGUGAGGCUACAAAUAGCUCUGCUUUCCUCCACAUGGCAAGACUGGCCUGGGAGUGAAGCAGGGAGAAGGUCUCCCUGUAGCCGGACAGCACAACACUGCCAGGCCCAGCAACUGACCUAUCUGUAACCUCAGCCAGCAGAAAAGCCUCAGGAGGGUACUUCUCCUUCCCCCACCUGCCAGCAACAGAAGGAGACAGCCUGGCUUGUCUGCCACCACCUGCAGCCUGUUUGUCCUGCAGCCAGUCCAUACUGGAUCUGGGAUUUUGGAUCCUGAGACCUGACCUGCUUGCAUCUGAACCUGCAGGUUCCAAGCUUUAAAGACUGUCAGCACCAUUCCAAAAGGGUGAGGGUGUUUUAGUUCCUCUCCAGUAAUCCACAGGAAGGACCUGCAUGCCUGCACCAGUCUUCUAAGUGCUCAGCCAGAAAGGGAAUCAAUGACCCAAGAUGUGGCUGACUGUAGUUGUGACAUGUUUGAUCCAUGAAACUGUGUCAACACAAGGACUUGUUGGUGAUAACACACCUUUUAAUCCUGAAACAUAUAUGAAUAUUAGUGAGAUCAUCACCUACUGGGGAUACCCCAGUGAAGAAUAUGAUGUUGUGACAGUGGAUGGCUAUAUACUUAGUGUUAACAGAAUACCGCAUGGAAAAGUACAUGCUGACAACGCAGGUCCGAAGCCUGUUGUGUUUCUGCAGCAUGGUUUACUUACAGAUGGCAGCACCUGGCUCACCAAUAUGGCUAAAAGCAGCCUGGGCUUCAUUCUGGCAGAUGCAGGCUAUGAUGUUUGGAUAGGAAACAGCAGAGGGAACACCUGGUCUAGACGACAUGUAACCCUUUCAGUGCACCAAGAGAAAUUCUGGGCUUUCAGCUUUGAUGAAAUGGCUAAAUAUGACCUUCCAGCAGUGAUUGAUUUUAUUGUGCGGAAAACUAGACAAGAGCAGUUGUAUUAUGUUGGCCAUUCACAAGGCACCACUGUAGCUUUCAUAGCAUUUUCAACCAUGCCCCAGCUGGCUCAGAGAAUCAAAAUGUACUUUGCCUUAGCUCCUGUAGCCACAGUGAAAUAUGCCAAAUCCCCAUUGAUAAAGCUUGCAUUACUUCCCAAUUCAGUUAUCAAGAUUUUAUUUGGGAAUAAAGAUUUCUUACCCCACAAUUACUUUGGUGAGGUGGCUGCUGUUGAAUUUUGUAGCCAUGAGAUAUUAUCAGAGAUUUGUGGUAAUAUCCUGUUUGUGCUGUGUGGAUUUAAUGAGAAGAACUUAAAUAUGAGUCGAGUACAUGUGUAUACAGCACAUGCCCCAGCGGGAACAUCUGUACAAAAUAUGAUUCAUUGGAAACAGGCAAUUGAAACUGGUAAACUUAAAGCUUAUGACUGGGGAAUCCUGUUCAACCAUUUGCACUAUAAUCAGGAUACUCCUCCCUUAUACAAUGUGAAGCACAUGCCAGUCCCAACUGCAAUGUGGAGUGCUGGAAAUGACUGGCUUGCUGACCCUAGGGAUGUUGCCCUUUUGCGUCAACAAGUCACUAAUCUGGUUUACCACAAGGUGAUUCCUGAGUGGAACCAUCUGGAUUUCAUCUGGGGCCUCGAUGCACCUAAGCGGAUGUAUAAUGAAAUCCUCGACUUGAUGAGGAAAAACCUAUGAAAAUAAUGAUCCGUGAAAAUAAUGUGGCUGUAGGAUCAAGGAUUUGAUUAAAUUUCUGUUUAUAUCUGUUUUUCUUGAUUUUUUUUAAGAACUACAAAACUAUUUGCACAUAAUGGUCUAUAUUCACUAUAUUUACUUUAAUAAGAUUUUCUUUAAUGAUCUUAAAUAUUAGGUCAGCCAUACAUACAUAUCCACAAAAGUCAUUGAAUUAGCAAAGUACAUUUUUAAAGCACCACACACAAGUUUUAAGUCUUCUGUUUUCUAAAAUAUAUGUCGUAAAUUAAAUACAUCAUGGAUCGGAGAGUAGAUCUGCUUCCAAGAUGAUUUUCUUAGCUGGUGUCUGGAUGACCUUUUUCUAUAAAGUGAAUUGAAUGCCUGGGGCACAACUGAUACAUGUGGCUAUAUUAGACACGCAAUCACAAUGCCCAAAUUCAGAAAAGCACCCAAGCUGUUUCUUUCUUUUAAAUAUGUAAUUCCUUUGAUGUCACUGGAACUACACUGAUUGUAAUGCAGCUGUGGAUCUGGGCCAGACUUUAUUUCUUGGUCGCAGUCACCCAUUUAGGGUCAGGGUCAAUACUCCUGUCACAUCACCAAAAGUCAUUCUGCACUAAUCCCAGUGAUUAUCAAUACAGACCAUGAAGAGAUCCAAUAGGCAUGUCUUUUUAUUGUCCCCUUGAAGAAGAAGGUAGUGGAAAAAGGCUAUGAUAAGGAGAUUGUUCUAUAUAUGUAUGAGCCAGGGCCGGCUCCAGGUUUUUUUCCACCUCAAGCAAAAAAAAAAAAAAAAAAAAAAAAGCAGAAGUGCCGCCCCAAGCACAUGCUUGGAAUGCUGGUGUCUAGAGCCGGCCUUGGUAUAA